UUUAUAAAAUUUCAAAUGACAUGAGCCGAAUUUUUAGUUAAUUUAAAAUAAUUUUUAUUUAUUAAUUAGAUUGAACUAUUAUUUAAACGUGCAUUAUUAGAUUUAUCUAAUGAUACCGAAGACUUUUUACAUAUUUAUUUUCAAUCAAUCUUUGCAUCAAUUAAAAUAAAAACAUUUGAUAUUGAAUUUUAUGCUUAUUUAGAAGAUUUAAAAAUAAUUGAUGAACAAUUUGAAAUAAAUGAUAAAAAUAAAUUAAAUAUAUUAUCAUCUUUAAAUAAAUCAAAAUUAUUUGAAAUGAAUUGUUUAUUAACAUCAACAACAAAUCCAUUAUUUUCAUCAUCAUCAUCUUAUAAUUCAAUUGAGAAUAAUAUUAAUUUACAAUUAAAUAAAAUUUUAUUAAAUAUUAAUUUAGAUGAACUUUCAUCAAUUAUUAGAUUUAAAAAUAAUAUUUUUCAACAAUUAAAUAAUAAAUCAAAUUCUUCAAAAAUUCAACAAACAUCUUCUUCUACUACUACAAAAUCGAAUUCAUCAUCAUCAUCAUCAUUUAAAAUUGAUUUUCGUUUAGAAGGAAUUUCUCUUUUAAUUGAAAAUAGUUCUUCACAAAUUCUUUAUAUUGAAUUAGAAAAUUUAAAUGGUUAUUUAUCUAAAACAAAUACUCAAAUAUUAUCUCAUAUAAUUCUUAAUGAUUUUCGUAUAUAUGAUGUUUUUAACAAAUCAAUGUAUCCAUUUAUUAUUUUCAAAGAAAAUAAAUCAAAUAAUUUAUUUUCAUUUGAUUUAUCAUUAUUUAAUUAUUCAAAUAAACUUAUUAAAUCAUUAAAAACUAAAGAUUCAUAUCUAAAAGGACAAUUAGAAAAAUUAAAUAUUAUUUUUCUUUAUAAACAUCUUGAUCUUAUUUUAUCAAUAAUUAAUUUAUUUCAAACAAAACAAAAUAAAUUAAAACAAGAAGAUAUUCCAUCAAAUGAACCAAAUUUUCUUCUAUCAAUUUUACAAAAAUAUCAACAACAUUCCAUUGAAUUUCAUAUAGAUUUUAUAUUAAAUGCUCCUCAAAUACUUAUUCCAGUUAAUUCAUAUUCAAAUCAAGCUAUUUUUAUUGAUUUAGGAAAAUUAUCAAUGUAUUCUGAAUCAAAUCAACAAUAUAAAAUUAUAUUUGAAAAUCUUUUAAUUAAUCGUAUUAUAUUAAAUAAUGAAAAAAAAUCUUUAAAUUUAUUAGAAUGUUCACCAUUUCAAACAUUAAUUAAUCGAGAUUUUAAUUCUGAUAAUAAAGAAAUUUAUAUUAAAAUUUUCUGGGAUACAAUUCAAUUUAAUUUAUCUAAAUAUGAUUAUGCUUUUAUUAAUAAAAUAUUUCAAGAAAAUUUUCAAGAAAAAAUUUUUCAUAAAAUUCCACAAAUUCAAAUUAUUGAACAACAAGAUCAAGAUAACAAACAAUAUGAUUCAACAUCUAAACUUCCUAUGAAAAAACAAUCGACAUCAAAUGAAAUUUCAUUAAAUAUUCAAUUAGAUUUUCAAAUUAAACAAAUUAAUUUAACACUUUAUCUCGAUGAAAUCGAUCUUAAUAAUUCACAACUAUCUAGAAAUGAAAAUAAUAAAUUUAUUUAUUUAACAAUUCAAUUUAUUGAAGCACAAUUUAAACAAUCAACAAAUAUAAAUUCUCAAGGAAAAAUACAAAUUCAACAUUUAUUUGCAGAUGAUCUUAGACAAAAUAAUCGAAAUAAGAGUUUUGUACGUCUUAUUAAUAAAGGUUUUAAUGUUGAUCAAAAUGCACCAUUACUUAUUAUUACUCUACAAAAUAAAUCAUCUAAUCGUACAGUUAAUGGUGAAAUGGAAAGUUUUUAUAUAUUGAUAAGUCCAGAUAUGAUAAUUUCUAUGAAAGAAUUUUUUACUUAUAUAAUUCCAUCUGAUGAUGAUGAAACAAAAUCUAAUAUAUUAAUGAAAUCAAAUGAUCUUCAAUUAAAUCUUCCAUCUCCAGCUAAAUCAAUAUCAAAAUAUAAAUCAUUAGAUCAUCAAAGUUCUUCUUCGUUGACAACAAGUGAAGAUAAUCAACCUCGACGAAAACGUUCUACUGGAUCUGAUAUUGAAACAAAUAUGAAAAUCGAAGUUAAACCAUCACAAUUAAUAUUACUUGAAGAUCAAAAUAAUAAUAAUUCGAAUUGUCUUGUACUUAAUUUUUCAUUUUUAAUGAAAUUGAUUAAUAAUGAUGAUGAUACAAAAAUUUCAUCUUUCAUAAAAGAUUUAACUUUUUAUGGUUCAACGUUUCAACAAUUAAAAGAUUCAAAAGUGAAAUAUUCUAUUUUACAACGUUCUGAAAUAAAUGCAAUAAUUAUAAUGAAUUCUGAUGAACAAAAAAUCGAUUUAAAUAUUGGAGAUUUAAAUAUUAAUAUUGAUCCAGCACUUAUUAAAACAUUUGCUAGUUUAUCAAGUUCAAUUAAUAAAAAACAAGAAGAAAUUAAUUCAAAAGAAGAAAAAGAGAAAACAAAUUCAAAAUCAAUAUUUGAUCCAAAACCAUUUAAAGAUUCAAUUUUUUGGUUUAUUCAAAAUUCGGAAGAAAAAAAAGAAUUAAUGGAAGAUACAGAUUUAUUAGAAAUAACAACAGGUUUACCAUCACAAAAGAAAAAUGAAUUAAAACAAAAACAAAAAGAAAAAUCUAUUCAAAAAUAUCAAAAUCUUUCUCAACAAUUAAUUGUUAAUUUAAAAAUAAUUCAAAUUCAACUUGAACUUGGCAAAGGUGAUACAACAAGACCAGUUGUUGCUCUUUGUUUAUCAAAUAUAUUUGGUCAAAUUGAAAAUUGGUCAACUGAUAUUCUUGUAAAUUCAUCAGUUCAACUUGAAUUAGCUUUAUUUAAUGAUCAUUUACUUGCAUGGGAACCAUUAAUUGAACCAAUUAUUGAUGAACGUGGAAUUGUUCAAUGUCCAUGGACAAUUACUUGUGAAACUCUUCAAGAUAAAGAAGAUGAAAAUGAUCCGAAGUGUCGAUAUUUAUUACAUGAUGAGAACGAUUCAUCUUCAACAGAAAAAUCUAAAGAAACACAAAGUACUGGAGCAAAUCUUGAUGUUAAAAAAGUAAUUUUUAUUCGUGCUGAACAUUUAUUAAAUAUAACAUUAACAAAAACAACUCUUGAUCUUGGUCAACGUAUACAAACAAUGUUUAAUGAAGCUUAUAAAAAAGGAUCAUCAUCAGAUGAUGAUCAAGAACAAGCAAUGUUAACAAUACUUAAUCAAACUGGUUAUCAAAUUAAUAUUGAAGAUAUUAUUGGAAUUGAGUUUCCUGAUGGUAAAAAACCAAGAGAUAAAUCAUUAGAAUUAAAAAAUAAUGAAUCACUUCAUUUAACAAUUCCUGAAGAAAGAUUAUCUGCAACACAUCUUCCUGCUAUUGCUGAACAAGUUGUCAAAAGAAAACAACAAUUUAAUGUUCAAAUUAAAGAUCGAAAAGUAACAGUCGAUAUAAAUCAAACAUGGAGAAGAGUUUAUGAUUUAUUUCCAUCAUCAAAUCCUUCAUGGCCAGUUCAAUUACUUUGUGAUUCACAAAUAUAUCAAGAAAGAAGAAGAGUUGUUCUUAGUUCAAUUAUUAAAAUAUCAAAUCGAACACAAAUGCCAUUAAUUGUAUCAGAUCCUGAUUCAGUUGAAACAAAUAAAUUUAAUCAUAUUGCAAAAAUCGAUGUAAAUCAAGAAUAUUAUCUUCCUAUUGAGGUUCUUUAUUUGAGAAUUACUCCAAGACUUUAUUUUGCUAUUCAACAAGAUGAUUAUAAUAAUGAAAUAAAUGAUUUUAUAUCAUUUGAUUGGACUAAUGAAUCAACAACUGAUCGAGUUUUAAGAUUAAAUAAUGGAACAAAUGGUCAUUUUGUUGUAUACAAAGAAGAAAUCGAGACAUAUUCAGAAAAUACAGAUGAACCAAUACGAAAAUCAUUUAAUAUAUAUAUUAAAUUGGCUCUUCAUUUAUUAAAUUUAUUACCAAUACCAAUUGAAUGUUCAAUUGAUAAUAUUGAAAAUGUAAUAUUAAAACCAAGUGAAUUAUAUCAUUGUAUACAAGGAAAUAAAAAAUCAAUUCUUAUAUUUCGAAUUUCAUCAUAUUUAAAUGGAUCAUGGAUAUCAGAACCUUGUGAUUUGAAUGUUAAAGGUCAUGGAACUCAUAAUGAAUAUAUUAUCAAAUUUCAUGAACUAAUUACAGAUGAAACUAUAAGAAUGAUUUUACGUGUUGAUACAUAUCGUGGUUCAUAUCGUGCUUCAUUUUAUUCUCCAUUUUGGAUUAUUAAUACAACUGAUCUUAAAUUUCAAUUUAAGAUUGAUAAUGAUAAAACAUUUAUUGAUUCAAUUGAUAAACCAAUUUUUAUUUGUCCAAAUAAAUAUCAUAGUGAUUCAAAUAAAAAAAAGGGUUAUAUACGUUUAGUUAAUAUCAACGAAGAUGAAAGUAUAUCUCAAUGGUCCGAAGGAUUUUCACUUAAUGUUAUCAAAAGUACUGGAAUAACUUCUUGUAAAGUAACCGAUGAUAGAACAUAUAUGGUUUGUAUUGAUAUUGUAACUUGUUCAUUUGGUAUGACUAAAAUCAUAACACUUGUACCAUCAACAACGAUUAUUAAUAAUUCAUCAUUUGAUAUUGAAGUUGCUGAAAAUGUAUGUGGAAAUUAUGAAGACAAUUGGAAAGUAAUUAAAGCUAAUCAAAUGAUUCCAUAUUGGCCACGUUAUAUAAAAGAAGGUGUUAUGUUUGUUCGUUAUUUGAGUAGAAGUUUAUCUGCAAGUUGUUUUUCAAUAAAAGAUAAACAUCGAACAUUAUUACGUAUGGAUGAUAUUGAACAUCCUGCACUUCAUGUUGAAGUAACAGCAACAGAUUAUGAUGGAUUUAAAAUUAAUUUUUCUGAUUAUAAAAUUGGCGAUGCUCCACUAUUGAUUGUUAAUUCUUUAUUAAAUCAAUCAAUAUCAUUUUGUCAAAAAGAAGAUUUACAUACACAAAUAUUACCUCCACAAUAUUAUGUUUAUUAUACAUGGAAUGAUCCAUUAAAACCACAAGAAUUAAUUCUUACAACUAAUAAAGAUAAUAUAACUAUAAAACUUAAUGUAAGUGAAAUUUUCUUAGGAUAA